AUGGCUGCCGUCUUUGCCACUGCCGGCUUGCUGCUUGCCCACUGCGUCUCCUCUGCAGCCGUCCAUACCUCCAAACACAACCACGGGUACUGCAGAGAAUUGGAUAUCCCAGUGCUUGCUACCUCAGAGAGCGCCAUCUACGAUAUACCCAGAGUGGACAGCAACAUCGAUGCCAUAGCUUGGGCCAUCUACUCCGAUACGCGGAGCACCCCUGCAGGCGCAGCCAGAAUCAUCAAAAACACCACAACCUCCGAUACCUUCAAAAUCCACGCGCAGCUAUGUGUUCCCAAAGUUUCAGGCGGAAAGAACGAUAUCCUGCACAUUGCUACCCAUGGAGUCCAUUAUGAUUCGAGAUACUGGGACCCAACCCUGGACCGUGAGAAGCAGUCCUAUGUUGAAGCUACGCUAAGAGCAGGGUAUCCCAUUCUCACCUACGACCGCCUGGGAGUGGGGAAAUCUGACAAACCUGAUGCAUACGAUGUUGUUCAGGCUCCCCUGGAACUCGAAAUUCUCCGCCAGUUGACCCUUAUGGCUCGCAACGGUACUUUAUACGACUUCGCAGGGAAGGCCACCCCUCCCAAUGCUGCAUUUAACAUGGCCGCCAAACCAGUGAAAAAGGUUGUCCACGUCGGUCACAGCUUCGGAUCCUUCCUUACCUCUGCGUUUAUCGCCAAACACAGCUCUCUUUCCGACGGAGCCAUAAUCACGGGCUAUCUGUUGAACAAAUACCUCGGAAAAGCAGGCAUGGCUUCCUUCAACGCCCAGUUCGCACCCGCCAGUUCUACCCCUUUCAACCGACCAAGUGGCUACGUCGUGUGCCAGAAGAGUGGUAUCCAAACCAUCUUCUUCGCUGGUGAUACCAAGACCGCUUUCACCAAGGAAAUGCUUGAUUACGGCGACGCUAUCAAACAGCCCGUUCCGAUUGGAGAGUUUGCAUCUGCAUACCAUAUUAUUGGGCUACCUGGUCCUGACUUCAAGGGCCCAAUUCAAUACAUGUUGCCAGAGUUCGACUUCUACAUCUGCGGUGGCGAUUGCAAGGGCCUUGCGGAUAUGAAGGAGCUACGCAAGACGUAUCCUCAAGCUUCUGAGAUUGAGGUUGCCAUCCAGCCGAAUACCGGACAUGCUUUUACCCUGCACAACAAUGCUACGGCCGGCUACCAGAUCAGUUAUGAUUUCCUGUCUAGGAAUGGAUUGUAA